CUUUCGGUGCCAACCCUCACGGUUGCCGACGUUUGAAUUUAAACUGUCACUUUAGCGGGAUCAUGUUGCCCUACCGGUGUUGCACUGGCUGCUGCUUUGUGCGUAUGAACAUCGGGAUGUGAGUGAAUACUGCAUGUGAUGGCAGCUGUUCAUUUAGCCAGUGUGAUACUUCAAAUGUCUUAACAUGGACCAGAGGCAGGAUACAAAACGGAAACGAGCUAGGGAGAAAAUUUACAAAAGACCAUCACCAAGCAAGAAAAAGAACACUAACUGCAUGAGUCUUCCUGAAAUGAUUGUGAAGGGAGAGGAAGAGAUACAUCCUGAAACAUCACUGAACAAGGAUUACAUGGAGCAGUUGGACAGUCAGGAAGACCUGUUUGGGGAUUAUGAUAGCUUUGCAGAUGACAGUGGCUUUUUGGCACAACUUGAAGAUGUGGGUAGAAGCCAAGCAGAAAGUGGAAAGGAAGACAGGAAGGAUACUGCUGCAGAAUUUCUGAUGACCUAUCAGAAUCUCAACUUGCUUAAUUAUUUGCAAAAUGAUAAAAACAAUAUGCGCAAGCAUCCUGCAAAGAAUGUGCCCUUUGCUACUGGUGAGGCAGUUAAAGACUCCUUAAUUGGUCAGAAAAGUGGUCAGAACAGUAAUGCUGCAAGUGAGCAGAUUUGUAUUGAAGGCUUCUCUGUAAUGCAUCCUCGAAGCCCAGAUGAAACCGAUGAGUUACCAAGCUCUCAACUUGCAUUAUCGGAUCAAUUUAACUCACCACUGAGGAAGUAUGAAACCAAAGAGUUACAAUCAGAAACAAAUAGAGUAUUGAACUGUUGUCUCACUGACCCCCCUGAUGUUCCUUCAGUUUUGGAGAAUGAAACAUUAAAUUUGAACAUAGUACAAAACCAAUCAAGGACUACAAAUUCUGGGACAAGUAGACGGAUGAGCCUAAAGGAUCAGAUGAAAAAUGCAAUGGCUGGAAAUGCUAUGGCACCCACAUCCAAGGCAUCCAGGAGUAAAAAAAUGAAGGAGAUUGCUCUUUCUGAGGAAAUAAAUGUUGCUAUGAAAACCAUUGAAGCCACUUCAGGGGCUGAUAUAGGACCUUUUUAUGGGCUUCCAAGCAAAGUCAAGGAUUUGAUUUUCCAGUUCAAAGGCAUCAAAGAACUGUACGAGUGGCAACAUACUUGCUUGACAUUAGAAUCUGUGCAGUCAAGAAAAAAUCUAAUCUACUCCCUACCAACAAGUGGUGGAAAGACACUUGUUGCUGAGAUUUUGAUUAUGCAGGAACUACUGUGUAGGAAGAAUGAUGCUCUGUUCAUUUUGCCAUAUGUGGCUAUUGUCCAGGAAAAGGUGCGAGGUCUUUCAGCUUUUGGAAUAGAAUUUAAUUUCUCGGUGGAAGAAUAUGCCGGAAGUAAAGGCAAAUUCCCUCCAAUCAAGCGUAGACAGAAGAAAUCUCUGUACAUUGCCACCAUUGAGAAGGCACAUAGUUUGGUCAAUGCCUUAAUAGAAACGGAGAGAAUUACUAGUUUAGGACUUAUUGUAGUAGAUGAGCUGCACAUGCUUGGUGAAGGAAGUCGUGGAGCCGUACUAGAAAUGACAUUGUCUAAAAUUCUCUACACAAACAAAACAUCGCAAAUCAUUGGAAUGAGUGCAACCCUGAAUAAUGUGAGUGAUUUGCAGCACUUUUUGAAGGCAGAACAUUUCGCCAGUAACUUUCGACCUGUUCAACUAAAAGAGUACGUCAAAAUUUGUGAUAAAAUUUACGAGGUGGACAACAAAUCAGAAGACUAUUUCACGUUUUCUCGCAUAUUAAGUUACAAGUAUUCAAGUAAUAUGGAGAAGAUUGAUCCAGAUCACUUAAUUGCACUGGUGACUGAAGUUAUUCCGAAUUAUUCCUGUCUUGUGUUCUGUCCCACCAAAAAGAAUUGUGAAAAUGUGAGCAAGAUGCUCUGCAAGUAUUUAAACAAAUCAUUCAUAACCAUAAAGGAGAAAGAAAAGUGUGCUGUUAUUCAAGAAUUGAAAAACAUUGGAAAUGGUAUGAUAUGUCCCAUUUUACGUAACACUGUGCCAUAUGGAUUAGCAUACCAUCACAGUGGACUAACAAAUGAUGAACGAAAACUUAUAGAGGAUGCAUAUACUGCAGGAAUACUUUGCUUGCUUGCUUGUACAUCGACACUUGCUGCUGGUGUUAACCUUCCAGCUCGGAGGGUUAUUCUGAGAUCACCUUAUGUUGCCAGAGAUUUCUUAAAAAGAAGUCAGUACAAACAGAUGAUUGGCAGAGCUGGCCGAGCUGGUAUGGAUAAAGAGGGAGAGAGUAUUCUGAUAGCACAAGAAAAUGACAAAAAGCUGGUAUCAAAUUUAAUAAGUAAACCUCUGGAAGGUUGCUAUAGCAAUCUCAUAUAUGACAAUGAAAAAGGAAUUAAAGAUCUUCUGCUAUCCUUGAUUGGGCUAAAGGUUACCCAGACACUUCAUCAAAUUGUUGGGUUUAUGGCUGGCACUCUUCUUGGUGUGCAGCAGCAACAGUUCUUCAAAGAGAAAAGCUUUUUGGAAGUAAUAGAACAAGCAUUGGAAUCUUUGAUGGAGAAAGGUUUAAUUAAGGACAAAAUAUCAAGUUGUAACAAUGAGGGAAAAAUGUACCACAAGCUGGAAGUCACAAAGCUGGGUCAUGCUACUUUUAAAGGAUCAAUAGACUUGGCUUACUGUGAUUCUUUGAAUAUGGACUUGAAGAAAGGUUUGGAGGGUUUGGUCCUUGGCAACUAUCUUCAUCUGAUCUACCUGAUAACACCAUAUGAUAUAGUUUCCCAGUGCAUUCCAGAUUGGAUGAUCUACUUUAGACAGUUUCAUCAGUUAGAUGCAGUUGAACAGAAGGUAUUUGCGACAGUGGGUGUACCAGAGAGUUUCCUGACAAAAAAAGCAUCUUGCCAAACUGUAAAGAAGACUGUAGAUGACUUUGUUGCAGCCCGAUUCUACCUCUCCUUGGUGUUAUAUUCCCUUUUCAAAGAGAUGAACACUUGGGCUGUGGCGCAGAAGUUCAAUAUGUCUCGGGGCUUUUUGCAGAAUUUGUUGAAUUCAGCAGCAACUUUCUCCUCUAGUGUGCAGCAUUUCUGUGAGGAAUUAGAGGAAUUCUGGGCAUAUCAUGCUCUCUUUAAAGAUCUCACUCAUAAACUGUCAUACUGUGUGAAACCAGAACUUGUCCCUCUUAUGGAAGUAUCGGGUGUCCAAGAGGCUCGUGCUCGUCAGUUGUAUAAUGCUGGUUAUAAAUCUUUGACUUAUCUCGCUAAUGCAAAUCCUGAAGUGUUAGUCAAGACAAUUGAGCAUAUGUCCAAACGCCAGGCUAAUCAGAUUGUUUCUUCUGCUAAAAUGCUGCUAAAUGAAAAAGCUGAAGCUUUACAAGAAGAAGUGGAAGAACUGUUGAGACUGCCCAUUGACUUACCACUACAGACUGAAUCUACUGUGACUGCUCGUUGACUUACAGAUACACUCCAUUUCUGCUGAGAUUGCCCAGUGCUACACUGCUAACUCUGUUUCUAUUGAGACUGCUCAAUGACACAUCACCACUAUCUGUAUCUACUGGUACCGUGAGUUAGUUAGCUCAGGUUGGCUGAACAGUUUGUGAUGCAGAAUGCUGCCAACAGCAUGGGUUCAAUUGCCAUACUAACUAAGAUCAUCACAAAGACAGCCAUUUUCUCAUUUUGAGUGAUUUAGUAAAGCAGAGUCAUAGCUUGAGUGCUGACAUCUGUAAACCAUGAUCUAUAUAUUUGAAAGUGUAUAAAGAGUAUUAAAGAAUUACAAGUAAAUCAUUAGGUUUGAUUAUUUAAAUCUAUAUUUCCGAAUCUUUUAUAAUAGUACACCAAAGGA